AUGGCAGACCCUUCUCAGCCUGCCCCCGAUGACUCUACGGCGACUGCCAUCCUUCGUCAGAAGAAGUCUCCCAACCGCCUGAUGGUGGACGAGAGCCCUUCCGACGACAACAGUGUUGCCAUGCUCAACCCCAACACCAUGGAAACCCUUGGUCUCUUCCGUGGCGACACCAUCAUUGUUCGCGGCAAGCGUAGGAAGGACACUGUCCUUAUCUGCCUCAGCCAGGACGACGUCGAGGAGGGCAAGAUUUGCAUGAACAAGGUUGCCCGUGGCAACUGCGCCAUCAAACUCGGUGAUCUUGUCCACGUUUCGGCUGCCAACGACAUCAAGUACGGCAAGCGUAUCCACGUUCUUCCCUUUGCCGACUCCGUCGAGGGACUUUCCGGCAACCUCUUCGAUGUUUACCUCAAGCCCUACUUCCUGGAGGCGUACCGCCCCGUCCGCAAGGGUGACGUCUUCCAGAUCCGUGGCGGCAUGAGGACCGUCGACUUCAAGGUCAUCGAGGUUGACCCCUCCCCUUAUUGUAUUGUGGCUUCGGACACGGUUAUCCACACUGAGGGAGAGCCCCUUGACCGUGAGGCGGAGGAGGCUGACCUCAACGCUGUUGGUUACGAUGACCUCGGUGGCUGCAGGAAGCAGCUUGCACAGAUCCGUGAGCUUGUCGAGCUCCCUCUCCGUCACCCUCAGCUCUUCAAGGCCAUUGGUAUCAAGCCCCCCCGUGGUAUCCUCAUGUUCGGCCCCCCCGGUACCGGUAAGACUCUGAUGGCGCGUGCUGUCGCCAACGAGACCGGUGCCUUCUUCUUCCUUAUCAACGGUCCCGAGAUUAUGUCGAAGAUGGCCGGCGAGUCCGAGUCCAACCUUCGUAAGGCCUUUGAGGAGGCGGAGAAGAACAGCCCCGCCAUUAUCUUCAUCGACGAGAUCGACUCCAUUGCUCCCAAGCGUGACAAGACCAACGGCGAGGUCGAGCGCCGUGUUGUGUCGCAGCUCCUUACCCUCAUGGACGGUCUCAAGGCUCGUUCCAACGUUGUCGUCAUGGCCGCCACGAACCGCCCCAACUCGAUCGACCCCGCUCUUCGUCGUUUCGGCCGCUUUGACCGUGAGGUUGACAUUGGUAUCCCUGACCCCACCGGCCGCCUCGAGAUUCUCCGCAUCCACACCAAGAACAUGAAGCUCUCGGACGACGUCGACCUCGAGCAGAUUGCCGCCGACACUCACGGUUAUGUCGGUGCGGACAUGGCCUCGCUGUGCUCUGAGGCUGCCAUGCAGCAGAUCCGUGAGAAGAUGGACCUUAUCGACCUUGACGAGGACACCAUCGACGCGGAAGUGCUCGACUCGCUUGGUGUCACCAUGGAGAACUUCCGCUACGCUCUCGGCGUCAACAACCCCUCGGCUCUCCGUGAGACCGUCGUCGAGAUCCCUACGACUACCUGGGGCGACAUUGGUGGCCUCGAAAAGGUCAAGCGCGAGCUGCAGGAGACCGUCUCGUAUCCUGUCGAGCACCCCGAAAAGUUCCUCAAGUACGGCAUGUCCCCCUCCAAGGGUGUGCUCUUCUAUGGCCCUCCCGGUACCGGAAAGACGAUGCUUGCCAAGGCUAUUGCCAACGAGUGCCAGGCCAACUUCAUCUCCAUCAAGGGCCCCGAGCUCCUCACCAUGUGGUUCGGCGAGUCGGAAGCCAACGUCCGCGACGUCUUUGACAAGGCCCGUGCCGCCGCUCCCUGUGUCAUGUUCUUUGACGAGCUUGACUCUAUUGCCAAGGCUCGUGGCGGCUCUGGCGGUGACGCUGGUGGCGCCAGCGACCGUGUGCUCAACCAGAUCCUUACCGAGAUGGACGGCAUGAACGCCAAGAAGAACGUCUUCAUCAUUGGUGCUACCAACCGUCCUGACCAGAUCGACCCCGCCCUUCUCCGUCCUGGCCGUCUCGACCAGCUCAUCUACAUUCCUCUCCCCGACGAGGCGUCGCGUCUCUCGAUUCUCCAGGCUACUCUUCGCAAGUCUCCCGUCGACCCGCGUGUCGACAUGAACUUCCUCGCCAAGAACACUGCUGGCUUCUCCGGUGCCGACCUUACCGAGAUCUGCCAGCGUGCUGCCAAACUCGCUAUCCGCGAGAGCAUUGAGUCGGACGUUCGCAGGGACAACGAGCGCAAGGCCAAGGCCGAGGCUGCGGGUGGGGACCUCGACGUCGACCUCAUGGACGAGGAGAACGAGGAGGACCCUGUGCCCACCAUCACUGUUGACCACUUUGAGGAGGCCAUGAAGUUUGCCCGCCGCUCCGUUUCCGACGCCGACAUUCGUCGCUACGAGAUGUUCAGCACGUCGCUGCAGCAGUCCAGGGGCUUCGGCAACAACUUCAAGUUCCCCGAGAGUGGUGGUGAGGCUGCCGAGGGUGGCGCCACCUUCCAGAACGAGGCCGAUGACGACGACCUCUACGCUUAA